CACGGUGUUUGGUGAAGGUCUGAACCGGAGAGGGGAGGACUCACCGGGAGCAGCGGAGCCUCCAUGUCCUCACGGGUGAGUCACGAGGGUCAAACAGUGAUCCGCGUGUCUGUCGGUGAGUCUCGGUGAGCUGCAGCUCCGCUGUGCGCGGCCCGCCGGGUGUGUCUCUCCGCUCCGCUGAUGGGGAUUCCGGUUUUUCCGGUCGGCUCCUGUUUUUAACGGCAGCGGCUCCGAGUCCCGCUUCAGUCCGAGUAGCAGCAGCAGCAGGAUGGCCUCCAACACCGCCACCAUGGGGAACCUCCCCAGCGGCAUCGGAAUAUGCACGACCAUCCCGGACAUCCUCUACCUGCCGGAGCUGAUCUUCGGCGGUCUGGUCUGGAUCCUGGUGGCGUGCACGCUGGUGGUGCCGCAGAACCCUCAGGGCUGGGUCAUGUUUGUCUCCGUCUUCUGCUUCACCAUCACCUUCAUCUGGCUGGUGGUGUUCGCCUGCGGGGGGCACCGCAACAAGGGCAGCUGGGCCGCAGCCGACUUUGCGUAUCACGGCAUCGCAGCCUUCUUCUACCUCAGCGCCUCGGUGGCUUUGGCCAAAGUGACCCUGGAAAUGGACGACGGGACCGGCUCCCAAAACUACAAGCUGGACAUCGCUGCGGUGGUCUUCUCGUACAUGGCGACGCUCCUCUACUUCAUCCACACCAUCCUGUCUGCCAUCCGGUGGAAAUCUUUCUAGAGGUCUCGGGGCAGAACUGAUUUUUGGAGUUUGAAGCUGCGGCUCGCUGACACGAAGGUGACGGAGGCUGCAGGUGGACUCAGCGUGAUUCGGCCAUCUGCAGCCGGACGUUUAGGUUUGGGGUUUAAGAGAUGAAGGAGCUGCGGCGCCUGUCAGCAGGUUUACAGCAACGAUCAACAGAGAGACACAAACUCAGAAUGAUUUUUAAAAGUGGAUUUUUCCUGCUGAGCUGUCUGUGAGCGUUUCUGUUUUUCUGUCCACCCUCACACGUUUCCUUCAGUUUGCUCUCAGCUGAUUAAAGAAAGACUCUGAUGUGAUUUUAUAUUUUUAUAAAUUUAUCAACAAGAAAAUCAGAUGAUUGAAUUUGGAUCAGAAACUAAAGCAGGAUGUAAAUUCAUUUUUUUUGUUUUGUUUUUGUAAUGAAAGUCUUUAUAACUUCAUUCACGCUUCAAUUUUUUAAAUGUUUUUGAGACAGUUGAACUCGAUGAAAAUAAAUAAAUAAUAAUAUAA